AUGGAAAUCGACAAAGGCGAUGUGCCGCUCGGCCAGGAGCCUUCCGCCUCUCGUGCGUGCGACAACUGCCGCAUUCGAAAGAUUAAAUGUGAUCGGGGUGCUCCUUGCUCCAACUGUCGAAUUGCAAAAUCCGUCUGUCGAACCUCUCCGCGGGUGAGGGAACAGCGACAGAGGGUCCUGAUUUCACAUCAAUAUGAGAAAAAGAUCGAAAUCAUAGACCAGCGGCUAGCUGGAAUUGAAAAUCUCCUGCGUGACCUUACCCUCAAUCACGGUAGCAAUAACAAGUCUCCAUUGCAACUACUACAACAACAACAGGAGGAACUACGAUCCCGCGUGUCCAGUUCCAAUGACUUCCACGAAGAACGCAAAGAGCAGAAACGGAUACCAUCACAGGCAGCAACUGUCCCUGCCACGGUAUCAAGCGCAGAAUCUACCCAUAGCAACACGACAAAUCCCGAGUUUGAAGGAGAACCGUCCAUGAGUGCACAUUCCGCGCACGCCAGCGAGCUGUUUGAGAAGGUGGUAGUGAAAACACCCCUUGCAGAACAUAGUCCGGAGAUGAUGCAUGCGCUCGCAGCCCUAAAGGAUAUUGUUGAGAGACAGAAGCUUCCUUCUUCGGUUCAUACGUUACGGUUUGCAGGACAAAAACCGGCUUCCACCCAUGCUGAUCUUUCCAAGCUGGAGAUGCCGCCGCUGGAGGUGGUGCUGGCUGUACUGAAGAAUGCAAAGGCAUCGCACCCCUUUUUCCUCCUGAAUCUCCCCUUCCUCGACCUCCCUGCUAUCACCAAAUUCUGCAAGGACUUAUACUUCUGUACAGAGGAGUACUCUGCCGCCCACUUUGCCAUCGUAAACUGUACGCUAUGUUACAUGUUUGAAGAGCUGCAUUAUUUUUUACCAGGCUCCCACCACCGGGACGACAACCUCCGCCGCCAUGAACAACAGGUACCACCACCGCCGGAAUUAACAUCCCUGAUGCCUAGCGGUCUUGCCCACUACUCCAACAUGUGUCGCUCAAACUUCGAAACAGCCCUCAACACCUUCGACCUGUUUCUCCAGCCGUCUUACGAAAACACUCAGGCCUUAGCCCUAGCCGCCUUCCAUGCCACCGAGGCCUCCAAGCCAUCCCUAUGCUGGGCCUUCGUCAGCGCUGCUGCCCGCAUGUGCCAGAGCCUAGGAUAUCACCACAGCGUCUCCGGCCCAGGCGUCAGCGAAAAGGAAGAAUAUCAGAGAAAGUCCUUAUUUUGGUUUAUUUACGUACUGGAUAAAGACCUAACAUUAUCGCUUGGCCGUAGCUCAACACUGCAGGACUACGAUAUUGCCCUUGACUUUCCAAGUCCGCCAGAAGAUCCCAAAUUUCGUCCCUGGUACUCGAUGUAUGAGGUGUGGGUGACGUAUGCGAAGGUUGCAGCGCAGAUAUUUGAGAAGUUGUAUUCGGCGAAGGCGUUAUCGGAGAGCGCAGAGGUACGGGCGGAGAGAACGUACAAUCUAGCAAUGGAGGUAGAGAAGUGGAGAGUUGGAUAUGUUCCGCCAGACUCGGAUCUCACAGCCUACCACGCCACAUUCUUCCGCUACGCUUCCUCCAUGGCCGAUCUUUCCUACCACCACCUCCUCACCAUCAUAUUCCGCGCAAGGCCUCCACCCCCACCAGAGCACGAAAGUCAGCAUCAGCACCAGCCCCAGCACCAAAACCAAAGCCCCCCAAAGGGUUCCACCUAUCUUGAUCCCGCCUGCGUAAACUCCGCCCGCAGCGCCCUGCGCCUGCACCAACAAUUCACCGUCGACUUCCAAAAGGCCAGCGACUAUCUCUUCAGAGGAUAUAUCGUCUGGUCGCUCCUGCACUCGCCCUUCACGCCCUACUUAGUGCUGUUCACGCACACGAUCGCCACAGCGGAUCUGGCCGACCUGAAGCUACUGGGGGAAGUCUCCAGCUCGCUGGAGUCAGCGCGCCACAUUUCCGAGGCGGCGGACAGGCUUUGUAAGCUCUGUGCCGUGUUUUAUCAGGUUGCGCGGUUGUAUGUUGAUGUAAGGAUGAGGGAGUGGGGGGUGGGGCAGGGGCAGGGGCAGCGCCAGCAGCAGCAGCAACAAGGACAACAGCACCAACAACAGCAGCAGCAGCAGCAGCAGUUCCAGCAGCUACAGCAGCAGGGUGCUAAUGUUAAUCCUGGUGCUAACUAUGGGGAUACUGGUGUAUCAGCGAUCGACGACGCGACUGCAUAUGCUAGUCAGCAAAUGGACAUGCAAUGGGGCGCGGAUGAAGUCGAUAGCUAUCUGUGGGAAUUGGGUUUCGGCCCUCCGGCUGGAGGAAUGAUGAAUAAUAAUAUCAACACUGGUAUGGGCAGCGGUAGUACGCUAGGUGUAGCAGCUGGCCAGCAGGUACCAGCUGAUGGUGCAGGUGUGGGGGAGAUGAUGCCUCCGACGCUGCAGGAUUGGUUCCGUGGGAAUCAGUAUAUGACAGGAUUGCUGGAGUCUGAUUUAUAA